AUGGGUAUCCCAUCUUUUGCCGGCCGAGUAGGACUCGCUGGCGGUCAUUCUCAUUCUAUCAGGUCUCACGAGAAGCGAGCUUGUAACCUCGCCAACGGUGAUCUUUACGUCUAUCCCAAAUCGAACGAUACAGUCGAUGCCACCAAAGAUGUUACCUUCAAAUGGGAUACAUCAUGUGCCAUCUCUUCCUCUCAAAUCACAUUGAGUCUCUACGGAUCAGGAGGAGUAAUCAAACAAUGGGGAAACAAGGAUUUCUCAGCUGGACAAUUGACUGUCACCUUUCAACCUAAAUGGUGGAACGACACCGAGACCGCUCAAUUGCAAAUGAACAUUGUAGAGAGUGAUACGGAGUCUUGGAUGUCCAGUACACCUGCUGGUCCAGUAUUCACCGUCAACUACCCCGCUUCAGCAAUGUUCUCAACUACCACCAACAACGGUCAAGUGAUCACUUCCACCGCUGCUGCUGCUGCCACCCAAUCCAAAGAUGCAGUCUUCGAAGAUGUAUCAAGUACCAACACCUCUGACAAAUCCGGUAUCUCCAAAGGAGCAAUCGCAGCUGCUGUUAUCGUCCCCCUGUUGGUCGUUGCGGUAUUGAUAGCUGUCGCAGUCAAGUUCUGGAGAAACAGGGAGAACGAAAAGAGGAAGAGAUGGUCUCAAGCUUUAUCUACUCAUUCAAAUCUCGAAUGGGAGAAAGGUGCCUUACCAGGAGAAAAACCUCGAUCUAUCCUUGGCAGACCCUCGAUGGGUGGUAGACCUUCUAUGAGCGGUGAUCGACCUAGACCAAGUAUGUCAACUUACGGUGGAUCCGGUCGACCCUCAUCUUCAGUCUAUGCUGUCGAGAACAACAUGGCUGGUGCAGGUAUCCAUCAGUUCCAACGACCUGAUCUCGCUUCUUUACGAACCCACUCUGCCGAUAAUGUCAAUCGAAGCUCGCUCGCCAUGCCAGAUGGAAACGUUAGACAAUCCAGAAUCUCCUUUGCCGAAUCUGCUCGACCAGAUAGAAGAUCGAGAUUAUCCUUCGGAGGAGAUAUCAGACCCAACGUCCACUCGGGUGUAUUCAAGAAUCCCGGUGCUUCCAGAUCUGCUCACGAACUCAAUUCUACACCUACUAACAGACGAUCAGCCGCUUACGCUACUGGUUCUGCGAUUGAGGAUGACGACGAGAUCCAAAUCUCUCCAUCGCAAUUACAAGGUCCCCAUGGAUUCGAUCAAACUGAUAUGAAGAGGGUAGGAAAGGGAACUAGAACCGGUAGAAGAAGUUUCAUGUCUUUAGGUGGUGGUGAUAAACGAAGAGAAUCUUCUGCUUCUGCUUUAUCUGUCGAUGAUUUCAAAUCUGCUGCUAGUGCUAGAGGUAGUGUUGAUGAAUUGAGAGAUAUGGAAGCUGUUAUGCUCAUGAGACGAUCGAUGAUCUCUCAAGCUUCUCAGCGAUCACCUAACCCAGCAAUGGACAACAACGAAAUUGAAGCUCUCGACAAUGUUCCAUCUGUACCUAUGGCACCUUCCGCUCCCUCACCCAUCGCCGGUUCAUCUACUGUAGCCUACGGUCCCGACCAGAUGCUUGCUGUCUAUGCUGCCCGAGGAAAAGUAGCCGGUGGGGCGCCAUCAACACCCACCUUUGGCACUGCCCCUUUAUCCCAAAACGUCGCUCAACCUAAACCAACUGCUUCGAGACAAAAUAGUGGAAUGAGAUUGUUAACUUCGUUAGGUGGAAAGAAGAACUCUGAAGAUUCCACAAGCUCAGGCGCCGCUGCUGGCUCUAUGCCAUCUCCCUCUGCGCCUGCUCCAGGAGAUAUGCGAUCAUUCGUUCACCUCAAUAACGGUACGGUCUCUUCUGCCGUUAUUGAUGCUCUCCCCGCACCUGGACCUAGAGGAGUCACCAGUCCAACUGGUGAAAGACCCACCACAGGGUUGACUGCGCCUUCUACCAAGACCAGGGCGAGCGGUAUGAGCGACGGAAGUAGGUAUAGUCAGAAUGGUGAAGAGGCAGAAGAAGAUAUUGGAGAAGCUCAAUAA